UUAACAGAUAAACUUCUAACAAACAAGAUGUUCUACGCACUAUGUAUAUUCAUCGUUGUAGUGCUUGGAUUUAGUGCAGCAAAAGAAGUUCCUCUUUCACCUAUCACCAUCUGUAAACGAAAUUCAGUUAAUUACUCUGACUGUUUAAGAGCUGCGAUACAAGAAACAUGGCCACAAUUUGUUAAAGGGCUUCCAGAAUUCGAUUUUCCACCUUUGGAUCCACUAAUUUAUAAAUUUGGUAAUGCAGUAUUUGAUAGAGGUGCAAUACACGGAGUAGCAAGCGUAUCAAAUUUCAUUGGUGAGGGUAUGUCAAAGACUCGUAUUUUGAAUGCAAGAUCGCAUUUUGCCGAUAAAAUUUUUCGCUUGGAAAUUAACGUACAACGUACCAAAAUUAACUGGGUUCUGGGUGAACUUAAAGCAGAAGGAACCUUUAGCAGGAUUCAGAAUAAGUGGCAAAG